GUGAUAACUAUGGUAAGUAUGCUACUUCAAUUAUUGGAGAUUGGAUUUUCAAUUUACCUCAUUCGAGGGGUCAAUAACAUUGGCAGCCAAUCAAGAAAUUAAAAUUAAAUUGUUUACUUCUCCAAAACUGUUAUCUUUUUUUUUUUUUUUGUCCGAAUAUAUAUUAACUUAAAAACCUUCGUCAUAUCGAAAUUUCACCUUACUUUUUGUUUGCCAGUCUUCGCGUCAGCAUGCCCACUGCCGUCAAUUUGAUUUUCGUAAUUUUUACAUUAUGUUGCGGCAGUGCUCUUUGCAUAUUUUCGGCUCACGAUAAGUUAUUGAAGAUUAACGUUAGCAAUUCGGAUUUGUUUUAUCCGAUUGAUUACGGUUUGAAUCUCAUAGCGUCGUUCCAACACUCCAGCCAGAAACUCAAGCUGCAGGAAGUUGUUAGUGGGAAGUGUUCCAAGCAAAUUGAUUGGUUUUAUGAAAAUUUGGUUGAUAAUAUUACUGGCGAUGGAAUGUGGGCUUUGAAGAUGAUAGAUGCUUCAGCUAAAGUACCUUCCGGAAUCCUGAGACUCAACUUGGGAGGUUGGAUGGGAAAUUUCGAUCAGUGUCUCAACAUCAAAAGCCAAAACCGCAACAUCAAAGGAAAUUAUUGCUUGGGCACUUUGUACAUUACCAUUGACGAUCCAUCUUUUCUAUCUAAAAUGUUCACAUCCAAAGCGAAACUGUUUGCCGAGAAAAAAAGCAAAUUCCAGCACAUUUUUCCCAUUGUGUCCUAUCCGUCGUUCGGGCUGUGCGUACCUGAAGGCUGCGAUGCUGAGGACGUGAAUAACAUGUACAAAACGUUCAACUUAACUUACGACAUCAAGUUUCAAUGUCAAAAUAUAGACGAGGCGAAUCCUCCAUUCACCAAACUAGCUUGGUGUGUCAUGGCAUUUUUCUUAAUUAUAAUUGGAUUAAUGGUUGCUUCUACAACGUAUGAUGUUUGUUGUAGCGAAAAUAAUCCAGAAUCAAUAUCCUUUUUGUUCAAGUCCUUCUCCGUUUACACAAACGGUCAAAAACUGUUCAACAAAAGCAAAAGCGGUUCAGAUCUAGCCUGUUUAAAUGGCAUAAGAUUUUUAAGUAUGAUGUGGGUCAUAGUGGGUCACACUCUAUCUGUAUCCAUUACUGGGCCUGUGAUUAAUUCUUUGGAUGUGAUAGAGUAUCUAGAUACCACUAGAAGCAUGAUUUUUGCGAAUGCUGUUCAUUCGGUGGACACUUUCCUCACUAUCACCGGACUUUUGGUUGUUUACAGUUACAUGAAAUCGCGAGAAAUGGGAGUGAGCUUUAAUCUGCCUAAAUUUUAUCUACAUAGAUAUUUAAGGUUGACACCGCCGUUUUUAGCUGUAAUACUUGUCAGUGCAGGCCUGUUGCAGUAUAUGGGCUCAGGCCCCCAUUGGUCGUUCAUAGUCAACUAUUUUCAAGGGUUUUGUCAAAAAAAUUGGUGGUCCUCACUUAUUUAUUUUCAAAAUUAUAUAAAUGUUGAACAAUGGUGUCUCGGACAAACCUGGUAUUUAAACAUCGACUGGCAACUGUACCUACUUUCGCCCAUAUUCCUCACAAGUUUAACAUAUAAACCUUUACUUGGAACUUCUCUUUUGGGUUUAGCCUUGGUAAUUUUUAUUAUAGUGCCGUUUUACAUCACUUGGGUUAAUGAGCUGCCAGCCCUUAUGACAAACCUCUAUGGAGAUUUGGGAAAUUAUCAAAAUCUCUAUUACUUGCAAACCCAUACAAGGGCUAGUCCCUGGUUUGUUGGUGCGUUUGUGGGUUAUUUUGUAUUUACGGUUAAAAAAGAGAAUGUUAUUAAAUUUAAUAAGUUCGUGAUCAUUGGAUUAUGGUGUGCAACUUUCACAGUUAUUCCUGUAUGCAUUUUUGCGGGAGGAGAAGAUUUGAGAUCUAAAGAGUACCACAAGUACAGUAACGCUUUCUACAAUUCAUUGGUGAGACCUACUUGGGCUGUAUGUAUUGGUUGGAUUGUAUUUGCUUGCACCAACGGUUACGGAGGAAUCAUAAAUACAUUUCUAUCGCUGCCUAUAUUUCAAAUUUUGAACCGAUUCACUUAUUCCAUAUAUCUUCUUCACGUUACCAUGUUGUAUAUGUUAAUAUAUGCAUCAAAAACGGCUACCUAUUUUUCUUUUAUCAAUUUGGCAUAUUCCUUUUGGGGCAUAACGAUGCUCUCAUUUGCUGUCUCGAUAUUUUGGGUGUUAGCCUUUGAAUCGCCUGUUUUAGCAAUAGAAAAAUAUUUCAUGGGCACCCACAGAACCAAAUUGACAGAUGAAGAAGGCGACAAGAGAAACGCUUAGUUGCAAUGCAUGGACUAUAUAUCAAAAACAUAAAUAAAUACUAAUGCUUAGGCUGCUGCAUGCUGUAUGAACUAACUAUUUAACUAUUUAUUUUAGGGUAAAGUAUUAUCUGUGAUAGCAUAUAAUAUUAUGUAAUUUUGUUGUUUAUUUAUAUUGUAAUAAAGUAUUGUUUGGAAAUAUUGGUUUAAUUUGAGAUAUACCAAUUAUAUUUUCGAUUCAGAAACUUGUAAGAAUUAAACGAAAACCGAUAGAGAAAACUGAUUACUGUAUAUUGGACCCAAUUUGCGUUAUUGCAUUAGAUUAGGAACGUUGACAUCUCGUAGUGUAUCAGAUCAAGUAUCAGAUUGACAUCAUACAGUGGACCAGCCGAUAGUGGCGUGGGGAUUAGGGAAUUUUGUUACAAACACGAUAAAC